UGUGCGCAUAGGUCGAUUCGGCAGGAUCGAGACAUGCAAUUCAUGACAUACGUGUCUCUGUAGCAAGGAUUCAAACACGAAACGAGCUCUGUUGGGCCAACUCGUCAAUAUGGCGUUCGCGAGAGAUACUGCUGUCCAACAGACAGAUUCACAUACAUACACUGCCAACUUCAGCGGUGAUUGGGUCAUCGGCUCCGUUCCCCACGGAGGCUACGUAACGAGCAUCUUUCAAACCGUCGCAAAGAAGCAUUUCUCCACAACCCUCUCCAAGCAAAACCAACCUCAUCUCCUCGCCUUACAUCUCGAAUUCCUCCGGCGUACAGAUGUCGGUCCCGCCACCUUCGUCGUGCGAGACGUCAAACUCGGCCGGCAGAUGUCCAUCAUCCACGUGACCCUCUCCCAAGGCGACCGCGAAGAAGUCCUGGGCUACAUCACCCACACGAAUCUCGCCGCCGAACAAGGUUCCAGUUUCGACACCCACUGGGUCUCCCGUGCGGAGCUCUCCGGCGUGGAUGUGGCCACUCUCGAGAACGGGACGAAUCCGGUUUAUGUGGAGAAACAGGCUUGGCCGGAGACGAAAUUCCGGAAGGCGACGACUCAUUACCGCUCGUGGUUUCCGAGGAAAGGCCAGCCUAUCCAGUCCGGCUAUGAUUUCUGGUCGUGUCCGACGAACCCCGAGGAGCGCUGGACGCCGGAAACGCUCGGUUAUCUCGUCGAUAGUUUCCCGCAGAUUCUCGAGUCAUAUCUCUACGGCGGCCUGGAUCCGUAUAGCGUGAAACUCGACACCGAUCCGAGUCUCCGGGAGCUACGGAAGGAACGGGCCAAGGAUCUCAAACCGCACUGGUACCCGACGGUGCUGUUGAAUAUCGAUGUGAAGAAAUUGCUACCUGAGGAGGGUGUGAAGUUUUUGUUUACGAGGGUCCAGGCGAAACAGAUCAAGAAUGGAAGGUAUGAUGUCGAGGUUAUCAUUCUUGAUGAAGGCGGAGAUGUUGUGGCGCUCAGCCAUCAUAUUUGCCUUGCGGUGAGCGCGGAGAGGAAUAUGGCCGCGAGGAGGAAAGGUGGUGAGGGGACGAAGUUAUAGAUGAGAGUAAUUAUGAUUUGUAGGAGGAAGAGAAAAGAUAAUUCUAGAUGACGGUUCACUACAUAUCAUGUUCCCAUUUUCUGAAAAGAGAGGGAGAGAGAGAUAAAUAUAUGUAUAUAAAUGAACACAGUGGUCCCU